GGCUGGGUGAGUGGCUGGCGGAGCGGGUGACUCGCUGGCUGGCUGGCUGGCUGCCACUCGGCAGAGUGAUCAAUGCGACUUGGCGGGAGGGCGGUCAUCGAAGGAUACGCGCACGCGGGGGUAGGGGUAGGGGUAGGGGUAGGGGUAGGUGCAGGGGGGUUCAUAAGGCAGAACUUGACUCUUGCAGAGCAAGGGUGGGACUUGUAGAGGAUGAACCGGAGCAACCCGAACAAUGACUAUGAGGUGGCGUCGCCUCCGUCGGACGGGGUGUCGACGCUGUCGUGGUCGCCGGCGGCGGAGCACCUCGCGGCGGGGGCUUGGGACGGAUGUGUGAGGGUGUGGGAGGUGCUCAACACCGGGGCCACCAACCCGCUUGCCGAGCAGACGCACCAGGCGCCGGUGCUGGCUACGGCGUGGGACGAGCAGGGCGGGCGGCUGUUCUCGGGCGGGUGCGACAACGCGGUCAUGGGCUGGGACCUUGGCGCCAAUGAGUUUACCCAAGUCGGGGCCCACGACGGCCCGGUCUCGGACAUGUUCUGGUGCGCCUCGCUCAACACGCUGGUCACCGCCUCGUGGGACGCCACCCUUCGCUUCUGGGACUUCCGCCAGCCGCAGCCGGUCUGCUCGCACAAGAUGCCCGAGCGUGUCCGCUGCAUGUCGCACUCGGGCAUGCUCUGUGUCGCCGCCUGCGCCCUUGGCACCGACAAGCCCAUGGUGCUCUUCGAUCUCCGCACCCCGCAGCAGAUCUACGGCGCCACCCCGUCGCCGCUCAAGUACCAGACUCGCUCGAUUGACUGCUUCAUCGACGGCUCGGGCUACGCCGCAGGCUCCAUCGAGGGCCGCGUCGCCGUCCGCUACAUCGACGGCAACGACGACUCGAACUUUGCCUUCAAGUGCCACCGCAACACCCGAAACAACCACAUCUUUGCCGUCAACUCGAUCAGCUUCCACCCGCGCUUCGGCACCCUUGCCACCGCAGGCUCCGACGGCCAAUACCUGUUCUGGGACAAGGACUCGCGCCAGCGCCUCAAGGCCUUCAAGCAGGCCCAGAACUCCAUCUCGGCCUCCUCCUUCAACCGCGACGGCUCCAUCUACGCCUACGCCGUCUCCUACGACUGGUCCAAGGGUGCUGCCUCCUACAAGCAGAACGAGGGCUCCUGGAUCUACCUCCACCCGACUCCCGACGAUGAGAUUCGGAGCCGCCCGCGCAAGUAAAAAUAUGCUCCCUGUGCC